CAUCCAUCCCCUCCUUCCACUCCAAAUCACAAACCACUCCUCUUCAUCCUCGCCCUCGCGGCUCUCAACAAACCCAAUAACAACAAUGGCCCUCCACGCCGCCCGAUCACCUCUAAUCUGCCCCUCCACCCCCUCCGACCCCGGGCCCGGUCCCACCUCCGCCCCCUCCAUCGCUGUCGCAGCAGCGGCCGCAGCAGCACACAAACAAGCGCCGCAAUUCACGCUCAGCUCCCUUAACUUCUCCGAUCUAUCCUCCGACCCCCUCCAACAAUUCCGGUCCUGGUACCUCUCCGCUCAGGCAGCCGGCGUGGUGAGUCCCGAAACGGUGUGUUUGAGUACCGCCUCGUUACCGAGUGGACGGGUGACGAGUCGGUAUGUUUAUUUGAAGGAGAUGGAUGGACGGGGGUUUGUGGUUUAUAGUAAUUGGGGGACUUCUCAAAAAUCGAAAGAUGUGGCGGUGAAUUCCUGGGUCAGUCUAGCGUUUUGGUGGAGGGACCAGGAACGACAAGUCAGGAUUGAGGGACGCGUGGAGAAGAUGAGUCAGGAGGAGAGUCAGAAGUAUUUUGAUACUCGCGCGAGAGGAUCGAGGAUCGGGGCGUGGGCGAGUAGGCAGAGUGGACGGAUUGAUGGGAGGGAGGUGUUGGAGGGGUGGGUGGCGGAGGUCGAGGAGAGGUUUAAGGGGGUGGAUGAGAUUCCGUGUCCGGAGUUUUGGGGAGGGGUGAGGGUAGUGCCGGAACGGGUGGAGUUUUGGCAGGGUAGAGAGAGUAGGUUGCAUGAUCGGUUUGAGUAUGUGAGGAAGGGUGGGGAGGAGGGAGGGAAGGAGACGGAGGGGAAGGAGACGGUGGGGAAGGAGGAGAAGGAAGCAGAGGUGGGAGGGGAGUGGGAUAUUGCGAGGUUGAGUCCGUAAGUUGGGCUGGGAGAAGCGCCUUACUCGCUGGUGGUUGAAAGGGGACAGUUUGGAGAGGAGGAGUUUUGAGUUUUGGUUUUUGAUAUGGAUAGGAAAUAGCGAGGCUGAAUUUAUGAUCUAGUGAAAAGGUCUCAAUCGGGGCGUUUUGGGAGAUGAAUUCUGCUUUUUUUUUGCAGGCAUUUACAAAGUCGGAAGCGUUACGAGCUAUAAGGAAUCGUUCAGACGUAUACUCUAUUAUUUAUUAUCCCACACGUUACCUGGGUGGGUGUCCUGGCGUCAAUUGUUGUUGAUGGCAACGACCCCGACCGGAUUAUCUGCAGAUGAUCGGAUAAACAUAAGGCCGAACUCGCUUCCGACGCCGAGAUGCGCUGAAAGGGCAAUAUCCAUCCAGAUACUCAAGAUCCCCAAACCUCCCAGCCC